UCUGGAUCCCACUGCAAGAUGGGAGGGUUUGUUUUCUGCUUCUGCUUUGCUGAAACCACGAGCAAAGCAGUUCAGAUCUGGAGAGUCUCAGUUCCUAUAAUUUCUAGCAAGGAAAUAUCGGGCAGGAACUCUGCUGAAAUGUGCUUAGCACAGCUGGAGCCCCUCGUCACAGCUGUAAAAGAGGCAAAUAAAAAUAACAUUUUGCUCAUCAGCAGUGUCCCAUUGGCUUCUCUCAGCACUAUUACUCAGCUGCCUUUGAGACAGAUAUUAGUCAAAUCCUGCUCUUCUUCUGAGCACCCCAUUAAAAGGGAUGGGCAAGAGCCUUCCACCACUUCUGACACAGCCUAUUAUUUUUUCCCACCCUUCUCUCAGAGGCAGCAUGGACAUCAAGGAGUAUUUUGCCAGAAUUUCUUACCAGGGCUCCCACAACAAGCCAGACCUGGCUACCAUGACAGAUAUAUUCCAGCACCACAUCCGAGCUGUCCCUUAUGAAAACCUCAGCAUCCACUGUGGAGAAAGAAUUGAGCUGGACCUGGAAGCCACCUACAACAAGAUAGUGAAGAAGAAACGUGGGGGAUGGUGCAUGGAAAACAACAACAUACUGUCAUGGGUCCUGAAAACUCUUGGCUACAACGUCACCCUUCUGGGAGCAAAAGUUUAUGUCCCAGAGCGUGAUGCCUACCCAGAAGAAAUCAAUCAUCUGCUGAUACGAGUGGAUCUUGAUGGCAAAUCCUAUAUUAUGGAUGGGGGAUUUGGGAUGGCCUACCAGAUGUGGCAGCCAAUGGAGCUGGUUUCAGGGACAGAUCAGCCUCAGACUCCCGGGGUCUUUCGUUUUCAGGAGGAGAAUGGCACCUGGUACUUCGAGAAGGUGAGAAGGAAGCAGUGGGUUCUGAACCCAA